GUUGAACAUCUUAUUUAAUCUUGUUUUGUUACCUAAGCAAAAAUAAUAUGUCCGGAAGAGGAAAAAGUAAAGCUCAAAGAGUUUCCAUCUCAACUCGAGCAGGAACAAUAUUUCCUGUUAGCAGAAUUCGUCGUUAUUUAAAAGGAUGUACGCAUCACCAAAGAAUCGCUGUUGGAGCACCAAUAUACCAAGCGGCUGUUAUGGAAUAUUUAUCAGCUGAAAUUUUAGAAUUAGCUGGAAAUGCAGCUCGAGAUAAUAAGAGAACAAGAAUAACACCAAGACACAUUUUAUUAGCUGUUGCUAAUGAUGAAGAAUUAAAUAAACUGUUAAAAAAUGUGACAAUUCCAGCAGGAGGAGUCAUGCCUCACAUCCAGCCUGAGUUGUUGAAAAGAAAAGAUGGUGGCAAGUUUGUCGUUCCAAAAAAUGAUGCUGCAGUUAGGGCAGCGUUGCAAAAAGCUAAGAAUGCUGGAAUACAAAAAGCUAAAAAUAAACCAAAACCAGUUGUAAAAGCCAAAGCUCCUGUUGCAAGCAAAUCACCUGUUAAAAAGGUUACUACUCCGAAAAAGAAGGCAGAGUCAAAAGGCAGCGAUUCAAUUGCUGUUCUCUCAGAAAAAACUCUGUUUCUUGGACAGAAGCUGACUAUAGUUCAAGGUAACAUGGAGAGUUUGAAAUGUGAUGCUCUGGUCCAUCCUACUAAUGCAACAUUUAAUACAACUGGGGAAGUUGGUGCUGCACUGUUAAAAGUUGGUGGUGAGGAUUUAAAAAAGAAUAUCAUUGCUCUUCAUGAAUCACAUGGUGAUUUGGCUUAUGCAACAGCACUCGUUGGAGAGGCACCAAACCUUCAGGCGAAGCAUAUCAUUCACGUAUACAGUCCUGUGUGGGGUAAAGGAAAAGCAGAGGAUGAUCUAGAAACUGUUGUAAAAAAUGCUUUGACACUUGCUGAUGAGAAAAAUCUGACAACAAUUGCCUUUCCAUCAAUUGGAAGUGGGGUUGGUCCUGUAAAGAAGGAAAGCAAUCAAUUCCCGAAGCAAACGGCUGCGCAGACCAUAUUGAAAGCCAUCUCAAAUUAUUUCGUCACUGUAGUGACGUCAUCAUUGAGGCAAAUUUACUUUGUUCUUCAUGACAUGGAAAGUAUCGGCGUAUACAGCUUAGAGUUGGCGCGAUUGGAAACUUCUGAAAACAAGUGAUUGAAUUUGGCUACUAGUAUAUUGUCGUCGAUUUGUCGGUGUUGUCGGGUUUUUAAUGGUCGUGAUGAACACUUUAUUUUAUUGCACUCCUCCUGUGUGUUUUUUUCUAGACGAUAUUUUAUUUCACCUUUGUUUUGUUUAUUUUUUAGUAGUUUUAUAUUAAUUGCUUUUAAUAUUCUAUAUUUUCUUAGCUUGUUUUUGUAAGCUCGUAUUGUAUAUAGCACGUGAUGUAAGAAAUGACGUGUACAUAGUCCAGUGAACGUCAAAUUUAACGAUGUCCUAUUGUGUGUUUCAUGAAUUGACGUCGUUGAUCACGUCAUUCCUCAUUAUUGAUGCCAUCGAAUUAAUUUUGCUAUAUAUUGCGUCUGGCUUGCUUUUAGAUCCAUUUUCAUAUUAUGUUGGUUGCAGGCAUGACUUUUAGAUUAGCAAAUAGACAUCUUCAGCGCCCUCUUUGUACAUAAGAUGUUUUGAUUUGUUCAACAUUGUUUUUUAGUUUUUAGUCGGAAUAUUAAAGUGAUUUUAUUUUAGUAUGUGUGAAACAGUACGGUGGUGUGAACAUUUGGACUUUAUAUUGAUUUGCUUUAGUUUAUUCUGAGAAAUAGAUUUCCUCAGCAGA